CACUACACUACCGGAGUCAACUUAUUUCUUCCUCUUGCUGUGGCUAAGGGUUACAAGGUCUCUCCGUUUAUCUGGACGGUAUCAACCCCGCUGCACCCUGCUCUGCUCCAUUGUCCCGCGACUCGCGUGUACUAGGACGGCAAUGCUUCUUUCCCAGACCCGGGGGCGUAUGCCCUCCGCUCUCCGGAGCGUCGCCAAGCGCUCUUUGCUCAACAGCCGUUCUCUGUCGACGACUCUGCCCAGGCAGAACGCCAGCGAUGACGAGUAUACCGGUCUCAACAGGGUUUCCCGCCACAUCACCCAGCCCAUCUCCCAGGGUGCCUCCCAGGCCAUGCUGUACGCAGCUGGUCUUUCCGAGGCAGACAUGAACAAGGCCCAGGUCGGCAUUUCCUCUGUCUGGUAUAAUGGUAACCCCUGCAACAUGCAUCUGCUCGAUCUCAACAACCGCGUCCGCGAGGGUGUCCAGAAGGCCGGCUUGGUUGGAUUCCAGUUCAACACUGUUGGUGUCAGUGAUGCUAUCAGCAUGGGUACCAAGGGGAUGCGGUUCUCCCUCCAGAGCCGUGAUCUGAUUGCAGACUCGAUUGAGACGGUCAUGGGCGGUCAAUGGUAUGACGCCAACAUCAGCAUUCCCGGCUGUGACAAGAACAUGCCUGGUGUGUUGAUGGCAAUGGGAAGAGUGAACCGUCCCAGUUUGAUGGUGUACGGUGGUACCAUCAAGCCCGGCUGUGCCUCCAUGCAGAACAACGCGGACAUUGAUAUCGUCUCCGCUUUCCAGGCCUAUGGUCAGUUCUUGAGCAAGGAGAUUACCGAGCCUCAGAGAUUCGACAUUAUCCGUAACGCCUGCCCGGGAGGUGGUGCUUGCGGUGGUAUGUACACGGCCAACACCAUGGCUACAGCUAUCGAGGUCAUGGGUAUGACUCUCCCUGGUUCCUCUUCCAACCCUGCCGAGUCUCAGGCGAAGAACCUCGAAUGUCUUGCCGCCGGUGAGGCGAUCAAGACCUUGCUGAAGGAGGACAUUCGUCCCUCCGACAUCCUUACUCGCCAGGCCUUCGAGAACGCCAUGGUUGUGGUCAACAUCACCGGUGGCUCCACCAACGCGGUUCUUCACCUAAUUGCCAUCGCGGACUCUGUUGGCAUCAAGCUGGACAUUGAAGACUUCCAGUCUGUCUCUGACCGCGUGCCUUUCCUGGCGGAUCUUAAGCCCUCCGGAAAAUACGUCAUGGCUGAUCUUCACAACAUUGGUGGUACGCCCUCUCUGCUCAAGUUCCUGCUCAAGGAAGGUCUCAUCGAUGGCUCUGGUAUGACUGUCACUGGUCAGACUCUGGCCAAGAACCUGGAAAACGUGCCGGACUUCCCCGAGGAUCAGAAGAUCAUCCGUCCCUUGUCCAACCCCAUCAAGGAGACUGGCCACAUCCAGAUCCUGAGAGGUUCGUUGGCUCCUGGUGGCAGUGUCGGAAAGAUCACCGGUAAGGAAGGUCUCGUCUUCACUGGAAAAGCCCGUGUCUUCGAUGAUGAAGAUCACUUCAUUGAGGCUCUCGAGCGCAACGAGAUCAAGAAGGAGGACAAGACCGUUGUGGUCAUCCGCUACACUGGACCCAAGGGUGGUCCUGGUAUGCCCGAAAUGCUGAAGCCCUCUUCGGCUCUUAUGGGCGCCGGUCUCGGACAAUCGUGUGCUCUGAUCACUGAUGGACGUUUCUCCGGUGGCUCCCACGGUUUCUUGAUCGGACAUAUUGUUCCGGAAGCUGCCGUUGGAGGCCCCAUUGGCCUGGUCAAGGAUGGUGAUGUUAUCACUAUCGACGCCGGAAAGCGUGCUCUCGACCUUGAUGUUGACGAGACUGAGCUCGCCCAAAGAAGAAAGGAGUGGGAAGCCGCCAGAGACGCUGGCAAGCUGCCCCCUACUGGCCUGACUCUGAGAGGUACUCUCGGCAAGUAUGCUAGAACCGUCAAGGAUGCUAGCCACGGCUGUAUCACCGACUCUCUCGAGUAAAGCGGCAUCCGUUAUUCUGUACCCUUGCGUCCAUAAAUUCCUUCGAAAGUAAACUAUGUCUUAUAUCAAUGUUCUUUUUUUCGGGUUCUCUGUCUGGGAUGAGUUUGGGUCGAUUUGAGUCUGGGACCACGCGUGGCUACUAUUUUGUAUAGGCGAAUUCAAACGAACCAAAAGUGUUGCUUGUUAUGACCCCUUCCAAUGGUCUCGAGUGUAUCUACCAAAGAUCAUAUAUAGAAAUAAUACCGU